AUGCGCCUCCUGGAACGCAAUGAUACCGGCGAUUUUAGUUUAACGGAUGACAUUCCCGACGACCAGGUCCCACCGUAUGCAAUACUUUCGCACACCUGGGACGACGAAGAGGUCAUCUUUAAGGAUAUAAAGGACGGUACAUGCAAGAACAAAAGAGGCUACUCCAAGAUCCGGUUUUGUGGAGAUCAAGCCGGACGCGAUGGGCUGAAAUUCUUCUGGGUCGACACAUGCUGUAUCGACAAAUCCGACAGCACCGAAGUUCAGCGCGCCCUUAACUCCAUGUUUCAGUGGUACCGCAAUGCAGCCAAAUGCUAUGUCUAUCUCACAGACGUCUCAACCUGCCAGAAGGACACCGACGGCAACCCUGGCUGGUGGGAAUUAACCUUUCGAAAAUCCAGGUGGUUCACUCGUGGGUGGACCCUUCAAGAGCUCAUUGCUCCAGCAAUUGUGGAAUUCUUCUCCAAAGAGGGCGAGCGUCUAGGAGACAAGAAGUCUUUGGAACAGCAAAUCCACGAUGUGACCGAGAUUCCCCUAGAGGCUCUCCCAGGCAACACAUUGUCCGACUUCAGCAUCGAAGAGCGUCUGUCGUGGGUCGGAAAGCGCAACACCACACAAAAAGAAGACAAGGCGUACUCGCUAUUCGGCAUCUUUGAUGUAACAAUGCCGCUUCUGUAUGGCGAAGGAGAAGAUAGAGCAUUUGGGCGGCUGCGAGAGGAAAUUAGUAAGCAUGAUCGCUGUCUGUCCAGUCUACAUUCUACCGACCCGCGCCUUGAUAAGAAGCGCAUCGAGGAGGCAAAAGGUGGGUUGCUUGCUGGCGCUUACCGCUGGGUUUUCGCCAACCCCGACUUCUGUCUAUGGCGUGAACGGUCGGAGAGCCGCUUACUCUGGAUCAAUGGAGAUCCCGGCAAAGGCAAGACCAUGUUACUCUGCGGCAUCAUCAACGAGCUACAGGGAGCCAUUGUUGCAGACGGGCAUUGUCGUAAUCUGGCCUACUUCUUCUGCCAAGCUACCGACUCCGCAUCAAUAACGCCAUUGCCGUAUUGCGUGGCCUGAUCUACCUUCUUGCCCACCAGCAGCCACGUCUCAUCUCCCACGUGCGUAAAUACACCGACGCUGGUAAAUCCCUCUCCGACGCAAAUGCCUGGUUCGCCCUCUCGGACAUUUUAGUGGGGAUGCUAGGAGAUCCGAACGUGAAGCCAACCUGUUUAGUCGUCGAUGCCCUAGACGAAUGUGUUAUCGACCUACCGAAGCUUUUAGACUUUAUCGUCUGUAUCUCAUCCGAUCGGAUAAAAUGGCUCUUAACAAGCCGGAACGAGACGAUCAUUGAGAAGAAAUUGAAAUCUAACAAUGCGCGAACAAGGCUUAGUCUUGAGCUGAAGGAAAAUGCGAUGGAGGUGUCUCAUGCUGUCGAUGUGUACAUCGACGAUAAACUAUCUGGGUUAGAAGCACUUCAGGACGACGCCCUGCUAAAGGAUCAAGUACGGGAUAUUCUACACAACAAGGCAAACGGCACGUUCCUCUGGGUCGCCCUCGUCGUACAGGAACUCAGCAUGGAUGGGGUUGAGAGCUGGCAUGUUCUGCAGAUUGUCGAAGAAGUGCCACCGGGGCUGGAUGGGAUGUACAAGCGCAUGCUGGAUGAGAUCAGGCGGAAUAAACGGGACUCGGAAUUCUGUUGGCGCAUUCUCUCGGUGGUGACGGUAGCAUACCGCCCACUUCACUUGGACGAAAUAGGCGGCUUGUCUGGAUUACCGGAACAGAUUGUCAGGUCGACGGAAAAUAUUCAGAAGAUCGUGGCCAAGUGCGGAUCCUUUCUCACGGUUCGAGAUAACCAGAUCUACCUCGUUCAUCAAUCAGCCAAGGACUACCUAAGUGAUCAAGCCUCCCCAUUACUUUUCCCCAGUGGUGUGGCUGUGACCCACCAUGACAUAUCGGAUCGGUCACUAAAGCUUCUCUCAGGCAAGUUGCAACGCGAUGUAUACGGUUUAUGCAUACCAGGAUUUUCUAUCGACCACGUCCGAGUGCCGGACCCGGACCCUCUUGCGACAGUGCGGUACUCGUGCGUUUACUGGGUUCAUCAUCUCUGUAACUGGCAGUCGAGCGACGAUAGUAAGCACCCAGAUAUUUUCCAAGAUGGUGGUAUCGUCGAUGGCUUUCUGAGGCAGCACUACCUCCACUGGCUUGAAGCACUUUCACUUUGUAAGAGCAUGCCGCAGGGGAUACUUUCAAUGGCAAAGCUCGAAAGCAUUCUUCAGCACAGUUCGAUUACGUCUCAAUUACCAAGCCUUGUCGCUGACAUGCGCCGAUUCGUUUUAUACUGGAAAUGGGUUAUUGAGAAUUAUCCUCUUCAGGUAUACGCUUCAGCACUUGUAUUCAGCCCCGCCCAAAGUAUAACAAGAGGCCUAUUUACGCAGGAAGAACGGAAGUGGAUUACUUCGAGGCCAAUGGUAGAGAAUAAUUGGAAUGCGUGCCGGCAGACGCUCGAGGGCCAUCGCGGUUGGGUCCUGUCGGUAGCGUUCUCGCCCGAUUCGAAGUGGAUUGCGUCAGGAUCAAACGACCGUACCAUCAAGAUCUGGGAGGCGGCCACGGGGUCAUGUACGCAGACGCUCGAGGGCCAUGGCAAUGAGGUCCUGUCGGUAGCGUUCUCGCCCGAUUCGAAGUGGGUUGUGUCAGGAUCAAACGACAGUACUAUCAAGAUCUGGGAGGCGGCCACGGGGUCAUGUACGCAGACGCUCGAGGGCCAUGGCAAUGGGGUCCGGUCGGUAGCGUUCUCGCCCGAUUCGAAGUGGGUUGCGUCAGGAUCAGCCGACAGUACCAUCAAAAUCUGGGAGGCGGCCACGGGGUCAUGUACGCAGACGCUCGAGGGCCAUGGCGAUAGGGUCUGGUCGGUAGCGUUCUCGCCCGAUUCGAAGUGGGUUGUGUCAGGAUCAGACGACAGUACCAUCAAAAUCUGGGAGGCGGCCACGGGGUCAUGUACGCAGACGCUCGAGAGCCAUGGCGAUAGGGUCUGGUCGGUAGCGUUCUCGCCCGAUUCGAAGUGGGUUGUGUCAGGAUCAAACGACAGUACCAUCAAGAUCUGGGAGGCGGCCACGGGGUCAUGUACGCAGACGCUCGAGGGCCAUGGCAAUGUGGUCCGGUCGGUAGCGUUCUCGCCCGAUUCGAAGUGGGUUGUGUCAGGAUCAUUCGACAGUACCAUCAAAAUCUGGGAGGCGGCCACGGGGUCAUGUACGCAGACGCUCGAGGGCCAUGGCAAUGGGGUCUGGUCGGUAGCGUUCUCGCCCGAUUCGAAGUGGGUUGUGUCAGGAUCAGACGACAGUACCAUCAAAAUCUGGGAGGCGGCCACGGGGUCAUGUACGCAGACGCUCGAGAGCCAUGGCGAUAGGGUCUGGUCGGUAGCGUUCUCGCCCGAUUCGAAGUGGGUUGUGUCAGGAUCAUUCGACAGUACCAUCAAAAUCUGGGAGGCGGCCACGGGGUCAUGUACGCAGACGCUCGAGGGCCAUGGCGAUUGGGUCCGGUCGGUAGCGUUCUCGCCCGAUUCGAAGUGGGUUGCGUCAGGAUCAUUCGACAGUACCAUCAAGAUCUGGGAGGCGGCCACGGGGUCAUGUACGCAGACGCUCGAGGGCCAUGGCGAUGAGGUCCUGUCGGUAGCGUUCUCGCCCGAUUCGAAGUGGGUUGUGUCAGGAUCAGACGACAGUACCAUCAAGAUCUGGGAGGCGGCCACGGGGUCAUGUACGCAGACGCUCGAGGGCCAUGGCGGUUCUGUGAAAUCGGUAGCGUCUUCCCUUGAUUCGAAGCUGAUUGCAUCCGGAUCUAACGAUACCAACCCCCCACAUUACCCACGCUAUGGAAUAGACAUGAGCAAGAGAUGGAUUAUGAAGGGUUCAGAAAAUUGGCUAUGGCUGCCUCUGGAAUAUCAGUCACAAUGUUUCGCUGCAGCGGCAUCAACAAUUGCUAUUGGCUGUUCUUCGGGGCGCGUCCUAACUAUGAAGUUCACGACAGACAGCUGA